UUCGUUACCGUAGGAACAACGAAAUUUGACGAGCUUGUAGAGGCCAGAGCAACGCCCGUGGCGCGAGGAAGGUUGCGAGUCGCAGUGUAUGAGGCAAGAGAGGAGGAACACUCUUCCUUACCCUCAUCCUUGUUCUGUCUGCAGUACAAGCCGUCGCUGCAGGAGGACAUGGCAGCAGCGGACCUUAUAGUCUCGCAUGCAGGGGCCGGCUCUGUGAUGGAGUCCCUACGGAUGGGGAAGAAACUUGUCGUCGUUGCCAAUCAGGCGCUCAUGGACAACCAUCAGAUGGAGCUCGCGGACGCCAUGGCUGCUCGAGGU